CGACACGGGAGAAAAAGACAGGCAGGCAGACAAAGGCACGAGAGAGAGGGAGAGAGAGGGAGAGAGAGAGAGAGAGAGAGAUCCUGCAGCAUCCACACCCACCCCGCACGAGCUCCACACUGUCUGUCACACACUGUCUGUCACACACACGCCUCACGCGCACCGCAGAUAUCCUCGUUACCCAUAAUUCCACACUGCCUAAGGUCACACCGUUGCCAUGGAGCUGGAUUUCGGACACUUUGACGAGAGAGACAAGUCGUGCCGCAGGAAGCCGGAGAAGAACGGCCUGCCGAGUCCCACGCACAGCGCUCACUGCAGCUUCUACCGCACGCGCACGCUGCAGGCGCUCUCCAACGAGAAGAAGGCCAAGAAGGUCCGCUUCUACCGCAACGGCGACCGCUACUUCCGCGGCAUCGUCUACGCCGUGGCCAACGAGCGCUUCCGCACCUUCGAUGCGCUGCUGGAGGACCUGACGCGCUCGCUGUCCGACAACAUCAACCUGCCGCACGGCGUCCGCUUCAUCUUCAGCAUCGACGGCACACGCAAGAUCAGCAGCCUCGACCAGCUGGAGGAAGGUGAGAGCUACGUGUGUGCCUCAGAGAACUACUACAAGAAAGUGGACUACACGAAGAACGUGAACCCGAACUGGUCCGUGAACGUGAAGGCGAUUCAGAAGAACGCAGCGAGCCGCCUGGCGAGUGAAGCGCGCGAGACCAAGGACUUCGUGCGGCCCAAGCUGGUGACGGUGAUGCGCAGCGGCGUGAAGCCCAGGAAGGCCGUGAGGGUUCUACUCAACAAAAAAACCGCACACUCCUUCGAACAGGUUCUCACCGACAUCACAGAGGCCAUCAAACUGGAGAGCGGCGCCGUCAAGAGGAUCUACACACUGGACGGGAAACAGGUCACUUGUCUGCAGGACUUCUUUGGAGAUGACGAUGUGUUUAUUGCUUGUGGACCGGAGAAGUUCCGUUACGCACAGGACGACUUCUCCCUGGACGAGAACGAGUGUCGGGUGAUGAAGACUCCUAAAGGUCAGAAAGGUUCAGCUAAAAGUCCCGGUCCUGUUCGCCGCAGCAAAUCUCCUGCUGAGUCCACUAAUGGUACCGGCUCCAGCAGUCAGUUGUCCACUCCAAUCUCCAAACAGUCUCCAAUUUCGACCCCAACCAGCCCCGGAAACGCCCGCAAACAGAAGGAUCUCUAUCUGCCGCUCUCCCUGGAAGACGACAACGAAUCACUGGGAGAAUCCAUGUAAGCUCCGCCCACCCUUCUAUCAGCCCGAGCUGCCGAUCGCAGAGGUAUCUGUGGCGUUCUUCGUCGCCCCCCGGUGGUGUGGAGGAGCGGUGUUUCUUUAUGGCUUCGUCACCGUCCAGCUUUCGAGCGGUUUCCUGUCGUUUCUGCGUUUUUUAUUUCCCCUUAUUUCUUCUUCUUCUUUUUUUUGCUGCUUGUGAAUUCGUCGCGUCCAUUUACAGCACCUUUCUUCAAGUUUGUGUUUUUUUGUAAUAAUAUUUUUUAAUCUAAUGUUCUGUAUAUGCAGGGCAUAUACACGCCGAUCACGAUCGAGAUGAACACCUGGGUUUCUACGCAAUUUAAAUCCUUUUUGUGCAUUUUUGAAGUGAUUUAAAAAAAAAAAAAAAAAAAAAAAAAGACAGAUCUCUGAUAUUAAAUGUACAGUUUGUAGUUGUGAGUGCAUUUCAUAUCAGAGUGUAGAUUUUUUUUUUUUUUUAGAUUUUUUUUACCUGUCAUGAUUUGUCACUUUAACAUAAAAAAAAACAACAACAUUCUUUCAGCGCUUGGUUCUGCGAAUUCCGAGCAGCAAACGAAGUUCUCUCGGUCUGACUUGUACAAAAAUACUUUUUAUUAAUCUUUUUUGUAACUCUCGCUGUGUUUAAUAACUCGCUGUGCUUUUAAAACGAAUCGAAAGCAGUUUUUUUUUCUUUCGGUCCUGACUAGGCAUGUGCUGAAACUAACGGCGUUUUCAGAUGGCGAUAACAGGGUUAGGAUUUUAUCACAGUACUGUAGCUACAUGUAGCUUUUUAUUCCGACGCCGUCCUGCACGUGACGUUUGUUUGCUCAGAACGGCUCGUUAGCGUCUCUCUACACGUUAGCGACUCGGACCGAGAGCGACACCACGAAACAUUUUGAAUUUCACAAAUUUUGACUGUUAAUGGAAACAGGUUCACGUUUGGAAUUGUCUUCUCGCUAACAACAUCACGACAUCUCGUAUAUAACGGAUCGCCAGCACAUGCCGAGUCCUGACCCACGCCGUGCUCAGCAUUUCCACCACGCGGUUAUGAAACCUGAGCUCACGGGGAAAAAAAGGGAGACGAUUUUAAGUGUUUUUCGUGUUUAAGUAAGCAAACCGAUUUAAAAAAAAAGUGAAAAAAGAGAAAAAUAGAAAACGAAUUAAAAAAAAAGAGAAAGAAAUAAAAAGGAAGCAAGAAAACUGUCUGACCAAAGCCAUAAGACUGAGGCCCUUUAGACAGGAAUAAGCACACAUUCACUACCAUGAGAUUAAAAACGAAAUUUCUCCUUCUGUGCGUCUUUACGAUUUUUUUUAUUUUUCCCGAACGAGGGAUUUCGAGGUGAAGAAUUGAAAGCAUGCUGGAGAGGAUUUCUGAGAAGAAAGCCAAAGUAAUUUGAAGGUUUGAAGGAUUGAAGGAUUUGUUUUUUAUGUUCUGGUGGAGGUGUACAUACUUAUCGGCAUGAGUCACUCUAGAGCUAGAAACUCGCGUAAAUCUGAAAGAAAAAAAAACAUUAAAAACCUUUUUCUACUUUCUCUAACUGAGGACGUUUGGGAUAAAAGAUCUGUUUGUUUUUUGGUUAUAAUGCAUGGGGGUGUGUUCUCUCUUUACGGAGGAAAAAAAAACGGGAACGUCGACGCUUCUUUACGGAGGAUAAUAAUCAUGUCGAAACUGUCUAAAGCUCAUACCACACCUUGAUUUGAUUUGAUUUGAUUUGAUUCAGGAGUCUGACGCUAAUCCGAUCCGAUCGCUUCUUUCUCAAACACUUCUACAUCGUCAUUAUUACUGUUAACGAUUUUUACAAUUCUUCAUGUUUUAUCGACUGAAAUCACGCUCGGAAUUUCCCGACUGUACAAAUCACUCAGCGUUAACGAGCGGGCUUUUUUUAACAGACUGAUUUCAUGCUUGGUACACACACACACACACACACACACACACACACACACACAUAAGAAUACAAAAUAAAUCCUCUGUCUCUUGUAUAAUGGUAUGAUUUCAUAACCACUUCCUGUUUCGGUAUCAACACAGUGAAAGGAUAUACACGGUUUAAUACGCACUCGGUGUUCUGAGGUGUGGGUCGAUACAUCGCUCCUGUAUCUUUUAUAAACUUCAUUACAUCAGCGUUUUUAAUCGUCUGACAUCGUACGACUUUCGCGAGUCUCACAUUGUUGGGCCCUUAAUAGGCGUCCGUCUUUAAGCUGCCUUCAUCUAGGGGACUUGAACGCUGAGCAGAAACAUCGUUAAUAUCGUUAGCGUGGGGACGCGGACGCGAUUAAUCGACACACACCUAAUUCUUCUCGUCAACCUUAACGUGUGAACCUGUCUCACCUCCUGUGGUGCCUUUUCUCCAUUCUGCUGUUCUUAUUAAUGAAUCAGUCUGUAUACCUGUCUUACUCUCGAUCUGUCUCGCUCGAUAUCUAUCUCACACUUUAUCUGUCUUACUCCCGAUCUGUCUCGCUCGAUAUCUAUCUCACACUAUAUCUGUCUUACUCUCGAUCUGUCUCGCUCGAUAUCUAUCUCACACUAUAUCUGUCUUACUCUCGAUCUGUCUCGCUCGAUAUCUAUCUCACACUAUAUCUGUCUUACUCUCGAUCUGUCUCGCUCGAUAUCUAUCUCACACUAUAUCUGUCUUACUCUCGAUCUGUCUCGCUCGAUAUCUAUCUCACACUAUAUCUGUCUUACUCUCGAUCUGUCUCGCUCUCUUUCGAUCUGUCUCUGUAUAUGUUUUAGUCUCAGUUUUUUUCUCUCUCUCUAUAUAUAAGUCUCACUCUCUAUACCUGUCUCUGUCUCUAUCUGUCUCACUUUGUCCAUCUCACUCGCUAUAUCUCUUUUUAUCUGUCUUACUCUCUCUGUCUCUCUCUUUCUGUCUCUCUCUCUAUCUGUCUUUCUCUCUCGCUGAAGUUGGUUUUGUAGUAUUUUAGGUGAACUCUUCACACAGUGCAGAUUUUUUCCCCCUCAUCCUCACACACACACACACACACACACACACACACACACACACACACACACACACUUUUUGCUCCCUUUGGUUCGGGGAUGAAUUUUGAACUUCCUCUGUAACGAUGAUGAUGAUGAUGAUGAUGAUGAUGAUGAUGUAUUUCCUGCUGUGUCAUCGUGACUGUUUCGGUGAUGUCAUUCUGUGUAUCAACUUCGAUUUUCAAUAAAAAAUGAGAUGUUAUUCAAA